AUGCCAGAUGGUGGUGCAUUUGACAGCCCAGCUCCGACAAAACCCUGGUAUGACUCUUCUCAAAUCAAACCGCUUCAAGGGUCCUUUCCAGAUAGUGAUGCAAACAACACCUUGGCCACUUCGAGCUAUCCAUUUUUGCUGCAACAAUCUGCGGCAACUGAUAAUGUAUCAGUAUUUCCUCUCAUGAAUCCAUUAUCAGCCAGCCUCACAUCCGACAGAACACUACCAACCCCCGCUGGACUUCGAAAUAACACAUUUCCUCCUUCAGCAUCUGUUUCGGAAAAUUUGAAUACCUUUCAGGGAAACAUACCGAAUUUAAAGUCAGCCUGGGGACUUGACAAGCAUUUCUUAAGUGAUUUCAGCAUACCGCGAGGCAGUUCAAGUGCAGGUAGCUCUACAACGUCUUUAGAAAGAUGCAAGCCACCCGCCAGUCCACCUGACCUUGGAUUCGGGUAUAUCCCAAUAUCUAGCCACGCAAGGGGCCCGGCAGUCACUUCUCCAUGUACAUUUGCAGACACCAUUGCCUUUUCAGAUAGAUUUCGAACGGCAAGUGAACCGAAAUGCUCAAAAGCUUCUCUCAGAGAAAAAAUCCCAGACUUUUACACAUCUGAAGUGUAUGGGUACGAAAGAUGCCGUGGCUCCAGGGGAAAUCUAGUAAGCGGUGAUAUUUACAUACGAAAUCCCGCUGAUAGCGAGCCAAUUUCUAUUGUCAGGCCGGAUUCAAUUAGGCGACCAACACCGAUCCCCGCACUGAAUAACAUUUGA